AUGGGAUGUCAGAAUCCUAGUGGAGAAAGUUACCCUGUGCUCAUCUGUUCCGAGGAACCAGUGACCUUUGAGGAUGUGGCUGUGAAUUUCACCACGGAAGAGUGGGCUUUGCUGGAGCCUUCACAAAAGAAGCUCUGCAGAGAUGUGAUGCUGGAAAUCUUGAGGAACCUGGCUGCUAUAGGGAAAAAACAGGAAGAAAAUACUGAAGAUGACUACAAAAAUCCCAGUAUAAAUCUAAGAACUAAAGUGAUACAGAGACUCUGUGAAGACAAACAAAGUAGUCAUUGUGUAGCACAACAGACUGCAGAGCAUAUUGUGAAUCAUAAAACUCUUGGAGUGACACCAUAUGAAAGCUGUGUGUGUGGAGAAUUUGCUAGUGAUCAUUCAUCCCUAAAUGUGCCUGUUAGAGCUCACACUGGACACAAACCUUGUGAGUAUCAGAAACAUGUAGAGAAACCUUACAAACAUAAGGAAUGUGGGAAAGCCUUCACUUACUCUCAUUGCAUUCAGAGGCAUGAAAGUUCUCAUACUGGAGAGAUACCCUGUGGUCAUAAAGCACGCGAUGAAACCUCUAGGUAUCUCAGUUCUGAUCAAAAUCGUGAGAGCACUCACAGUAGAGAAAAGAACCAUCAAUAUGAGCAACAUGGGAAAGCCUUCGGGAGAGGCAAUCAUACUAAAAUACAUGAAAGAAUCCACACUGAAGAGAAGCAAUUUGGAUGUAAACAAUAUGGAGAAGCUCUUGGGCCUCCGAAUUCCCUUCACAGACAUGAAAAAAAUCUCAGUGGAAAGAAAUCUUAUGAAUGUAAACAAUGUGGGAAAGCCUUCACUUGUUCCAGUCAGCUCCGAAGACAUGAAAGAACUCACUCUGGAGAGAAGCCCUAUGUAUGUAAGUACUGUGGGAAAGCAUUUACUUAUUCCCAACACCUCCAAAGACAUGAAAGAACUCACACUGCAGAAAAGCCCUAUGUAUGUAAGCAAUGUGGAAAAGCUUUCAUUCGUUCCAGUCACCUUGAAAAACAUGACAUAACUCACACUGGAGAGAAGCCUUAUGUAUGUAAGCAAUGUGGGAAAGCCUUCACUUGUUCCAGUACCCUUCAAAUACAUGAAAGAACUCACUCUGAGAAACCCUAUGUAUGCAAGCAAUGUGGGAAAGCCCUCACUCGUUCCACUCACCUUCAAAGACAUGAAAGAACUCAUACUGGAGAGAAACACUAUGUAUGUAAGCAAUGUGGGAAAGCCUUCACUUGUUUUAGUCACCUUCAAAGACAUGAACAAACUCACACUGGGGAGAAGCCCUAUGUGUGUAAACAAUGUGGAAAAGCCUUCACUCAUUCCCAUAACCUUCAAAGGCAUGAAACCACUCACACUGGAGGGAAAUGUUACAUAUGUAAGCAAUGUGGGAAAGCCUUCACUCGCUCAAGUCACCUUCAAACACACGAAAGAACUCACACUGGAGAGAAACCCUAUGUAUGUAACCAGUGUGGGAAAGCCUUUAGUGAUUGUAAUUACCUUAAAAGACAUGCAAGAAUUCAUAGUGGAGAUAAACCCUAUGGAUGUAAGCAGUGUGGCAAAGCCUUCACUACUUCCAGUAAUCUUCAAACACAUAAAAGAAUUCACACUGGUGAAAGACCUUAUGUUUGUAAGCAAUGUGGACAAGCCUUUACUUAUUCUCGACACCUUCAAAGACACAAAAAAUCUCACACUGGAGAGAAUCCUUAUCAUAAACAAUGUGGCAGAGACUUCACUUAUUCCAGUACCCUUCAAACAUGUGAGAUAACUCAUGCUAAAGAGAACCCCUAUAUAUGUAAGCAAUGUGGGAAAGCCUUCAUUCAUCCCACAAACGUUCUGGGGCAUGAACAAACUCACACUGGAGAGAGGCCAUAUGAAUAUUAUCCACAUGGGAAAGCCUUCAGAAGUCACGGUAACAUGCAAAUACAUGUAAAAAGUGAUGUUAGAAAGAAAGCAUACAUGGGUAAGCAAUGUGGUAAAUCCUUCACUUUUCCCAGUGUCCCUGAAUUCCAUGAAAGAACUUCUAGUGGAGAGAAACCCUAUGUAUGUAAGCAAUGUGGGAAAGCUUUUUCUUUUUUGAAUACUGUCCGAAGACAUGAACAAACUCACACUGGAGAAAAGCCCUAUGUAUGUAAGCAAUGUGGGAAAGCCUUCAUUUAUUACAAUUCCUUUCAACAACAUGCACGAAGUCAUACUGGAGAGAGACCCUGUGCGUGUAAGCAAUGUGAUAAAGACUUCACUAGUCGUACUUCCCUUCGAUAUCAUGAAACUAUCCACAGUGGAGAGAAACCCUAUCUUUGUGAGCAAUGUGGGAAAGCCUUCCCUUGUAUCAGUUCCGUUAGAAAACAUACGAUGACUCACACUGGAGAGAAACCCUUUCUAUGUAAGUGGUGUGGAAAAGGUUUCAUUUCUCCCAGUUCCUUUCGAAUACAUGAGAGAACUCACACUGGAGAGAAGCCAUAUAAAUGUAAGGAAUGUGGUAGAGCCUUCAUUUGUAACUAUUCCCUUCAAUGUCAUGAAAGAGUUCACACUGGAGAGAAGCCCUAUGUGUGUGAGCAAUGUGGGAGAACCUUUUCUAACUGGAGUAAUCGACAAAGACAUAAACAAACUCACACUAGUGAGAAACCCUAUGUAUGCAAACAAUGUGGGAGAGCCUUUUCUUAUUCUGGUUCCCUUCACAGACAUGGAAGAACUCACACUGGAAAGAAUUCCUCAGUGUCAAUUAUGUGA